AUGCAAUUGAACUUUUGUGCUGUAAUUGAUGAGACAUCAUCAUCUCCAUUGUCGUCAUCAUCUUCGUCAGUUAAAGUCACAAUCAGUAAAACAACAACAAACAAACGCAAGCCGAUGUUAAUAGUCAAUGGUUAUGAUUUUCAAAUCAAGAGUUACAAUAAAACUAAGACCAUCAAAUUUUGGCGAUGUUCUAAUCGAAAUUGUGGGGUGUUGUUGCAUACAAAUCUUAAUGAUGAAUUUGUACGUUUUUCUGGAAAUAUGACCGAUCACUCACAUAUACCAAAUCCAGCAGCAUUAGAAAUCCGAACGUUGAGAGAACAAAUGCGGCAACGAGCUGAAAAUGAAUUAUUACCUUUACAAGAAAUAGCUGAACAGGAAGUACGAAAAGGUCUACUAACCGGUGAAGCUCUUGCAGUUUUACCAAAUAUUCUUAAUCUCGGUCAUAAUUUAAUACAAAAUCGUCGAAAGUUGAUGCCACCACUUCCACAGUCAUGCUCUUUCAGCAUUUCGGAUGAAUAUAAAAACGAUUAUCUCAAUUGUGAUCGCUUGUUGUUGCAUGAUAGUUAUGAUCCACCAUUUCAAAUCGACGAAUCAUUAUAUACACGACCUGAAGGAAGAAUUCUCGUAUGGUCAUCAGAUGUUCAACUAAAACUCAUGUUCGACAGUGAAAAACUGUAUAUGGAUGGUACUUUCUCCACUGCUCCACCAAAUUUCGAUCAGGUUUAUAUAAUUCAAGUGAUACAUCAUGAAACAUGCAUACCAGCAAUGUACGCACUACUUCCUGAUCGGAAAACAACAACGUAUAGUUAUCUAUUUCAUGUUUUAUUUUUGGAAGCGAAAAGAUUUGGUAAAACAUUUGCUCCUACUCUAAUCAUGACGGAAUUUGAACCUGGUGUUGCCAGAGCAAUAUCAUUGGAGUUUACGGAAAAAACGACCCAAAAGGGAUGUUUUUUCCAUUUUUGUAAAGCUAUUUAUCGAAAUGUGCAAUCUAACGGUUUAUCAUCAACUUAUCUGGAAGAUAUUAGGAUACGUAGUAUAAUUCGACAGAUGAUGGCAUUGGCAUUAGUACCUCACGAACAUGUUUCAUCUUUAUUUGGUCGUCUUAGUGAAGAGCUUGGUGAAGAUGAACGUAGUCAGUUGGAUGGCUUAUUCAAGUACUUUCAAGCACAAUGGAUGCGGCAAAUAACUAUAUGGAACGUUUUCAAUAUUUCUGAAAGAACUAAUAACUUUAGUGAGGAUCAAACAUGUACGUUUGAAGAAGUACAAGAUCGAGCACGUGCUUUACUUGAUGGUUUAAUUGAAAAAUAUUCAAUUGUAGUACAAGAACAAAAUGGUUUAACUGAUCCACAUCCAAUUAUAGGAAUUCUCAUUAUGUCGUCAUCAUUGAAAGAAUUUGAACAAGCUUUCAUGUUUGUUCGAAAUUUGCCAUAUAAAAUGCCGGUGUCAAUUGGUUGUGGUGGUUUUCAUAAAAUAUUGGGUCUUCUUCUGAUUGUGUACAAGAAUUUAAAUGACUUACCUAGUCACAAACUACUUCGAAUAUUAUUUGAUCAAUGUGGUAUGAAGAAAUCGUAA